AUGCCCUCCCCCCAUCCUUUAGGCGCUGAUUGCUUUCAACCAUCGUUGGUUACGCUGCGGCUCAGUAGAACGCCAUCAAACAAGACGCCGCCAAAAACUGCAGCCCGAAUAUCAAGCGGAUUGGAUUUGUCGGUGGGGAUUAUUGGCACUUUGGCGAUCUUUCUUUUAUUCCUUCUUUUAUUUCAGACAAAAUUACAUUUGAUAGUUAUUCUGUUAUACCUCCACAUAUCUAUCUAUCUAUCUCUUUUAAUCUUCUGUUCAUAUGUAUGUAUGCCCAUCAAUCAGCUUCUACUAUCUAUCUAUCUAUCUAUCUAUCUAACUAUCUAUCACAUUCUUUUGUUCAUAUCUAUCUAUCUCAUUAUUUUUGUAUUUUCCUUUGUUUUUUCCUUCUUCCUCUGUUUGAUCAUAUCUAUCUAUCUAUCUAUCUAUCUAUCUAUCUAUCUAUCUAUCUAUCUAUCACAUUCUUUUGUUCACAUCUAUCUAUCUAUCUAUCUAUCUAUCUAUCUAUCUAUCUAUCUAUCUCAGUUUAUUAAUAUCUAUAUAAUUCUGCUCAUAUAUAAUUCUUUUCAUAUCUAUCUAUCUAUCUAUCUAUCUAUCUAUCUAUCUAUCUAUCUACUAUCUCAGUUUAUUAAUAUCUAUAUAAUUCUGCUCAUAUAUAAUUCUUUUCAUAUCUAUCUAUCUAUCUAUCUAUCUAUCUAUCUAAAUAACACAUUCUGUUCAUAUCUAUCUAUAUAUCGAUAUUUUCUUCACAGCUCUCUUUGUAUUUUCCUUCAUUCCUUCCUUCUUUCUCAGUUUGAUCAUGUCUAUCUAUCUAUCUAUCUAUCUAUACUUUUCUCUAUAUUUCUCAGCAUGGUCAUAUUUAUAUUUAACUACAUCUUUCUUUCUAAUUUCUUUCUUUCUAAUUUCUUUCUUUCUAUUUCAGUUUGUUAA